UUAAGAUAAAAUUAUUAAAUAAUAAAUAAAAAUAAAAUUAAAAAAAAUAUUAAAAUAAUAACACAAUUUACACCAAAUCAAUAUAAUAUAAUAUAAUAUAACGAUAGCCAUAUUUACUUUUAGCUAAAAGAUAAUAAACAAAAAUCCUAAUCAGUUUUUCUUUUUCAUACAAACAAAAAAAAAGCUUUAUCCAUAACAACAAUAACAAUUAAUUAGUCUCCUUAAUCCUUUAAUUACGUGAUGUAAAACUCCACGACAUCAUUUUUAACGCAACAUAGUACGGGAAACAUUUCUUGACUCUCACAAAUCCACCACAAAUCUUUUAAAUCUUUGCAAAUUCUUCUCUUAAUUUUUUUUAAAAAAAAACUAACAAACACAAAAAAGACCCAAAAAUUUAUCUUACUUUAAACAGCUCAUACGUGGCUUUAACUGAGAAAAUCACAAAAAGGGGUUAUAAUUUUCUUGAUUUCUUGAUACAUUUUCUUGAAAUUUCUGUUUUUUUGAGGUACUUUUUAGUUUCACUCUACUCAUUUUUUCAUCUUCCUCUGUUGUUGUCUCUGUUGUUUUUGGAAAAAAAAUACUAUAAAAGGGGUCUUGGUUUCUUGAAAAAUUUCUAAAAGGGGUUAUUUUUCUUGAUUUCUAGGAAGAUUUUCUUGAAAUUUUUCAAAAAGGGGUUAUUUUUCUUGAUUUCUUGAAAAAAUUUCUUGAAAUUUUUUAAGGGUAGUUUAGUUUCAGUGUACUGAUUUUCACUCUUGAUGGCUUGGUAUAAUAGGAAGAUGGUAGUUGUAAUUAAAGAUGAAAUGGCUAUUUGUUUGAAUUGUUCUCCAGAACGUUGUCCUAAAGAAUGUAGGAUUGGUGAAUUUUUUCCUCCUCCUUCUAGUCCCAUUAGAAGUGAAAAUCAUCCUAUGCCUUAUUUUUUUGUUAUUUUGCUUUGUGUUCUUGGGGCAAUGUUUGUGUUCAUUUGUUAUAUGAUUACUCUUAAGAAGUACAACAUGAAUAUGAGGAGAAGUGAUGCUAAUUUGAGUGGAAAUGAUGAUGGUUUUGUUGAUGAGUCAGAUAUGGAUCAUCCAAUUUGGUAUGUACAUACAAUUGGACUACCAAGAUCUGUGAUUGAGUCGAUACCCGAGUUUAAGUAUAUAAAGAUUGAUUAUUUGAUUGAUGGGAUUGAUUGUUCUGUUUGUUUGAGUGAAUUUGAAGAAAAUGAGAGUCUUAGGUUGUUGCCUAAAUGUAGUCAUGCUUUUCAUGUGACUUGUAUUGAUACUUGGUUAAGUUCACAUAUGAAUUGCCCGGUUUGUCGUGCUCCUAUUGUGUCUGAUUUAAAUGCUGCAUUAGGGAUAAACAAUGUGGAAGUUUUUUCAACUGAUGUGGAUGGUUCUAGUGGUGAUGAGGUGAAUCAUGUGGAAAGUCAAGAGUUGGAUGAGGGGGGAAAUGGUGAAAUGAGUGUACGAGAUGAAAAUAUUGUUGCGCUGUCGAAUGAAGAAGGGGAAAUUGUGGGAUUUUUGGAGAAAAUUCAUCAUGUUGUUGAUGAAAAGCCAAAGGGAAAAGGGUUGCGAAUAUGUAGUGAUUUAGCUGAGCAUCGAGGUAAAGCAAACAACGUAAUGCAUACAGAAAUGAGGUCAGUUUCAAUGGAUCCAUCAGCUGUUAUAGUGGUUCGUCGUGCUAUGAGUCAAAUGACUUUGGAUUAUAGCGGUGAAGGGUGUUCUAAUUCGAAGGAUCAACUUGCUGAAGGGAAGGCUGAAAAUUCUGAUGCAGCUGCAAAGAGAGGAAACAGAAACUCGAGGUUAUAUGAAGCGAUGAAGUGUUCUUCCUUUGGUCGUUCGUUGCAAAAAGUGCCAAUUUGUUUGAAGAGGUCCUUCUCUAGCAGUGGUAUUCACAAGUGACAAAGAGAUCAACAACACACAAGUGACAAUCAAUCAAUGUAAGUGAAGCUUUUUAAGACUUCACUAUCUUGAAUUUCAAUACGAGUUCAAGUUUUUGCAUUUGGAAAUCAUAUCGAAAACAUAUUGGCAAACAGUGUCCACACAAUAAGAACUAAUGAACAGCUGAAUUGAGCAGAUUCACAAACUUCAAAAGAAAGAAAAAAAAAAGAGAACUAUAAAUUGGCUUUAAGUUUCAUUUGUCAAUGUUGUUGAUCCACUUAACAAGCAAAUAUGGUACUGUGAUUUCGAUUUGUGAUGAUGAAGGCAGAGAUGUAUCGUUAACGAGAAUGUGAAUGAUAUGUAAGGUUCUUGACAUAAACAGAAUCAAAUUCUGGAAUUUCACUUUGUUGAAAGGAAAAAAAUACUAUUUGUGCUGAUGAAGGUGUCUGUUACCAUAUGCAUCUAUAGUCUAUUAUGUUUUAGUUACCACAUUAUUUCGUUGUUGUUAGUGUUCUUUUGCUCUUUUCCUUAUUAAUUAGACAUGUUUUCAUUAAUCCCGUAUUUUCAUUUACAUAACUACUUUGAUUUGUUGUACCUGAGCUGAGAGCGUCUUUCAGAAAUAACCUCUCCAUUUAUCUGUGUA